AGCACAAAGAGUCCUUGUUUGUUUUCUGUUAUUUUCUGCCGUGUACAUACACACUCCCACGCUUCCCCGCACUUGUUCUACGGUUGUUCACUGCCGUCUGCGCAACAGUCCUGCUAUCGACGCCAUGUCGCACCGGUACGACUCCCGCACCACGACCUUCUCGCCGGAGGGGCGCCUCUACCAAGUCGAGUACGCCGCGGAGGCCAUCCAGCAAGCCGGCACGGUGAUCGGCGUGUGCACCAAAGACGGCGUCGUCCUCGCCGGGGAGAAGAUGGCUCCCCAUCCCCUCUUCGACAGUGAAAACAUGCAAGACAAGAAUACCGGCGGCGAGAAGGUGUACAAGAUCGCGGAGCACAUCGGCUGCAGCGUGGCCGGCGUCACGUCGGACGCCUACGCGCUGAUGAACUACGCCCGUCUGACGGCGCAGCGACACCAGUACGCGUUUCGCGAGCCGAUGGCCACCGAGGAUCUCUGCCGCACCCUCUGCGAUGAGAAGCAGAUGUACACCCAGUACGGCGGCGUGCGUCCGUACGGCGUGUCGUUCCUGCUGGCGGGCUGGGACCGCUACUACGGCUACCAGCUCUACUCGACGGAGCCGAGUGGGGACUACAGUGCAUGGAGCGCACACGCCAUCGGUCAGAAUGAGCAGAUUGCGCAGUCCACCUUGAAGAAGGACUGGAACGAGUCGAUGACGCUGGAGGACGGGAUGUUGCUGGCCCUGCGUGUGCUGAGCAAGACGAUGGACACGGCGAAGAUCGACCUGGAUCGAGUGGAGAUGGCCGUCCUGCACAAGGUGCCAGCGCCCAUCGAGAGCAAGCUGCUGGACCCGCACAGUCACCAUCCGAAGACGGUGCCGGAGUUCCACAUUCUCGCGCGCAGCGAGCUGAAGCCGCACGCCGAGCGCGCCGACCAGGCUCGUGAGGCCGAGGAACAGGCCGAGGCGGAGCGCGAGCGCCAGCAGGAGCAGAGGCUGACGUCGUAA